CUAGGUUUAACAGGUAACCGGUAAUAAGCAUCUCUUCAUGCUCAUCCCUUGCUCUCUGAUCGUCUUUUUCUUUUGAUUCCGCUUGGUUCUCUCAAACGGACAGAUCUUCUAUUCGUCUCUCGAGUAUUAUUUUAGGUUGCAGCGAUGAAGACAGCAAAGGGGAAAGAUAAAGUUAAGACCACAAAGGAAACCUUGAAGCCAGUUGAUGACAGAAAGGUGGGAAAGAGGAAGGCACCGGCUGCGAAAGCAACCAAACGAGAGACUCGUAAAGAGAAGAGGGCCAAAAAGGAUCCAAACAAACCGAAAAGAGCUCCUAGUGCAUUCUUUGUCUUUCUAGAAGAUUUUAGGCAAACGUUCAAGAAAGAAAAUCCAAAUGUGAAGGCUGUCUCUGCUGUUGGGAAAGCUGGAGGGCAGAAAUGGAAGUCAAUGUCUCAAGCUGAAAAGGCUCCAUACGAAGAAAAAGCUGCAAAGAGGAAAGCUGAAUAUGAAAAGCUUAUGGAUGCAUACAACAAAAACAUGGAGGAAGGGAGUGAUGAAUCUGAGAAGUCUAGGUCCGAGGUGAAUGAUGAAGAUGAAGCUAGUGAGGAGGAAGAGCAGCUAGAGAAGGGAAAGACAGGAGGUGAAGAAGAAGGAGAUGAAGAUGAAGAUGAAGAUGAUGACGAUGAUGAUGGUGAUGCUGAUGACGAUGAGGAUGAAGACUAAACCGGAGAUAGAAAUCAGAUUCUGUAACUCGGGCAUAACUGUGGGUCCAGAAGCAGAAGUAAGUAUUUUGUAAUUUGUGUGUCGAGAACUAUAUAGAUCCAAAUCGUGUGUCUGUGUGUUUUUUUCUUUUCGUAAGAAAGCGAAACAGUUCUUAGCGGUUCAGGGGGUUUGUUUCAACCUUUUCUCCACAACAAACAAUGUACCAAUAUCUGCUUUAGUGAUCAUGUAAACCAAAACACUCAAAGUCUCAAACUAUGUACAUGUUUCAAGCUCUCCCUUCAAAU